CGGAUUUCAAGUCGUCGUAGCGCCCGAAGAUGGGAUUGGCGGCGGCCAGAACGGAGGCACGGGUGUUGAGGACGGUCGUGAUGCCCGCCUGAGGGAGGGA